UUUUAAAAACCUUUUAAACUUAAAUAAAUUAAAACUGUAUUUAAACCAAAAAUCCAAAAGAUAUAAAUUCAAAAAAUUUGUUAUCUUAUAUAACAAAAGAAAGAAAAAAUUCCCAAAGAAAAUAAAAGGAAGAUAAAACAAUAGAGAUUAUGAUAAUUCGCAAAUUCUUUCAAAUGUAUAGUAAAGUUGAAAAUAUUGAGUGAGUUUUUAUCUCAUUCAGUAAUAGUGAAUGUUUAUUAAAUAAAUUUAAAGUGUGUCCUUGAAUUUAUAUCUUCAGUGAUUACAAAACAAUACACGAUUUUUUUUUCAUAAAACACCGAUGAUUUUUUAAAUUCAGAAUUUAAAGAUUAAAUUGUUUUAUCUCAAGAAGAAAAAGUGAUAUAUUGUGACAUUUUCUAUAAAUAAAAUUAUUAAAAGAAGCAUCUGUUUAUGGAAAUUGAAUUAAAAUCAAAGGACAGCUAUGAAUUAUUCUCAAGAAUCGCAUUCAAAUUCUCUUGACAGUAGUAGUGAUAAUCGAGUCGUUAAAAGUAUAUUAUCACAGAAAAUUUUUGUCGGUGAAUAUGUUUCAAGACGUUAUGUGGAGAGUUUACAAGAUUACAGGGAUAUUGUUAUAUGCAGAGACAGUGAAAAAGAGGUAACACGUUUUGUUCAACAAAUUCAAAAGCAAAUUAUUGCUGAAUAUGGAGACAAAAAAUGGAUUGGGAUUACAGAGAAUACCGAAACAGACGAUUUGUCUGGAUAUGCUUUUUGGUGCACACUUGAAAAACUGCCAUUCGGAAAACAUUGGUUUCAAAUUCGUUCGUUAAAAAUUAAAGACAAAGAAGUAUUUUUACAAUUAAAAUACCUUCGACCUUUUCAAUCGGAUGAACAAAAGAAAAUGAACGUUGAGGAUUUUAUAACUCCAAAUUUAAAAGAGAUAUGUACCUUUGAAAAUUUGUGUGAAGCUUCAAAAUUCAGUAUGGUGCUCAUUCUUACAAUUACAACGUGUUUAAUAAAAGGCGGUGCUUUUCUUCUUGACUUUUUGGUGAAAAUUAUUCACGAAUUAUCAUUUUUAGUCCAAUCACUAACACCAAUUGUCCUUGCAAUGAUUAAUACAGUAGCAAAAUGUAUUGGAGGAUUUUAUUGGUUACUGUUUAUGCUCUGGAAGGGAGAACCACAACGACCAGCACCAAUCUAUGGAAAUCGUCUUGCUCUAAUGAGCCCUCCAGGACUUGAUAAUCCCGAAAAUUCUUUUUAUAGAGGAAAUAGAAAAUCGUGGAAUAGUCCAAGAGGAAGAAGAAUUUAUUAAAACGCAUUUUUUUUUAUUCUUUUUCUCUCAAAAAAGAAAAUGUAUUUCUAAACCAAAUUUAAGUAAGUUGCAUACUUAAAUAUUUAAAAUAUUUUCCUAAUCAAAAACAAAAAUAUUAUUUAAUAAUAUAUUUAUUUCUUUUUGUUAAAAUUGUUGCAAUCUUAAAAAAAUUUAGAUUUUUUUCAUUGCCAUGAUGAAUGAUUAAAAAUCGUUGGAGUUAAAACAAAGUCAAAUGCAGUUCAAACUGUUUUAGAAUGUGAUUAAAAAAUUUUAUAUAAAACAAAGUAGGUUUUUUAUAAAAUGUAUAAAUUUAGAUUAUAGUUUUGUAAAUAUCGAGUAAGGUGUAUUUUACAACUAAAAUAAAUUAGUGUUCUGAAA